AUGCCCUCCGCGACGUCAAGCUGCGCCCCGACUGCCGGUGCACCCCUAACCGCCGAUGCGUCGCCUGCCGGAUUCAAGACUGGCAAAAUCUCGGAUAUCGAGUCCCGGAAACCGGAAUGCCAACUGCCCGCCGUCGCCGCGAAUCCAAUAACCCUGUCCCCAACCCCUCGUAAAUUCGUUGAUUCAUGGUGCGUGAUCAAUGCCGAU